AUGCCUUCCGCAUCGCCCUCCCCGCUCAAACGACCGUCGCUUAACGAACGAACGUCCUCGACACAUUCUCUCUCGUCGUCCGGGAAACAAACUACGGGCUAUAAGGCCCAUCGUCCUCAUGUUGUCAAUCGGCACUCUAGGAACGUGUCACAUGGAAAGGGUCUUGUGAAAUUGGGAAAAGUUCAUUCGACCGCCAAUAUCACUACUGACCACCACCAUCAGAGGAAGAGAUCGGGAGGCACCACACCGCCACAUAGCCCGCGAGCAGCCCUGGUCAAACGGAAUAGCUCCCAUGUGACGUUGCCGAAGAACACUUCUUACGGGAACCUGCGAAAGAAUCAGUCGGCCAAUGCGCUGGCUCGAAAUCUGUCACAUCCGGCAUUGAAGAAGAUUGGGCUUGCCCCGGCACCGAAACCUAAGGGUAAGGGCAAGAAGGAGGGAGUAUUCCAACUUGGGGACCGGUCGUCGGAUGAUGAAGAAGAGGAAGCGGAAUGGGAAGAUUCGACGACACAAUCACCGGAGCUCACACGCAACAGUUCGAAGACUUCCACUCCAAACCGGGCAUCUACGCCAAAUGGCGAACGGAUACCUGGAAGGGCCGCAAUGUCCGAUAAGGUUCAUCCCCAUAAGACAUCCUCUCCCCCUCCGCCGUCGCUCAAGAACAACAACCGAUCAGCCCCUGAUCUGAGGAGAGACUCCGGUAUAUCGCCAUCCGAACUUCCGUCCAACCCUGCGUUGCUCCACCAAAACCCUCGAGCAUCCCGCGCCCCUCCCGCAAUGUCUACGGUGUCUGCCCAUGUUGGCCCAAGCCAGAUUAUGCGAAGCGAGUCAACGAAAUCCUUCACCCAUAUCUCCCAUGCCGAUGCAUCAUCGGUGAAUAUCACUCCAACCAGUUCAGGAUCCGCCUCAGGCCCCGGGGCUGCAGCCUCCUCCGUUGAUGGCGGUGUUUCGCGCUUUCUACCAGCCGACACACCCAGCACCUCACUUCAGCAGAUGGCGGACGGCUCAGAUGAAGAUUCCCCUUCGAACUUCCUCGCCAACUACAAACCUCAACCGUCAGAAUCGCUGGAGAAGACCAAGACGAUCCACAAGGCACGAAUGCCACAAAAUCCCUCUCGGACGCAACAGAGACUCGAGCUUCAACGAAGAGAAAUGCUACGCGCUGGUGCGGCCACGCCGACAACACCACCGGCGACGGGCAUGGGUCUUCCCAUGGGUUCCACCACAUCGUUGCAAAGUCGGCAAAGCUCUAGAAGCCGCAACCGAUCUUUGGCAGGAGAGGUCAAAGCCGUGAAGCAAGAUUAUGAGACCGCAGUCAGGCAUCUGCUGGUUGUGCGAAGAUUCCGGAGCCCCAUUAUCGAGAGUAUGACCAGACUCAAGGAGAUCAACCUUCUCCCGUCAGAUAUCGGUGUGAUGCCGCCAGGCGGCACUACUAAAAACCGGCCUCAAAGUCGUCGUGAACUGAGUAUGCCUCACGGGCAUGGCCACACAAAGGCCGGCGUAAGUCGCAGCCUCGAGGACGCGAAGUCAUCGCCGCUCGCAUCGCACCCCAGCAGCAAGUUUCGAGGAGGCCGGGUCCAUUUCCAGCGCCAGAACAGCCACGAUGACAUUGAAAUCACGCCAUCCCACGGAAGCCCAGAUGAGAACCAAAUCGACGAGCAGGAUGGGCUCUCACCCGAGGAAGCUCUGAUACGACGAAUCUGGGACAGCAGGGAGGUAUACGAUGCCGGAGAGCAUUUAUCGACCAGAUGA